UUUUAGACAGUAGCGUAUGAACAGGACUCUUAUUUUGUUGUUGUGUGUGACGUCAUAAAGACGCGCCGCGCUCCUGCAUCUGUUGUGAUUCGACUGAAGAAAGAAAAACUCCUGAAGAAGCGACUGAGAUCCACGUGACACUAUUAUAAAGAUGGCGUUUAUUAAAGAGGAGAGUGAAGACCUGAGAAUUGAAGAAACAUUCAGAAUUAAACAAGAAGAAACUGAGGAACAAACAAAGAUAGAGUUUAUUAAAGAGGAGAUUGAAGACGUGACGAUUGAAGAAACAUUCACAGUGAAACAUGAAGAAACUGAGGAACAAACAGACCAAAUGACGCAGAAAGAGGAGAAGGAAGCAUCUUUUAAAUGCUCACAGACUGAAAAGAGUUUCAGUCAAAAAAGAAACCUUGAAGUCCACAUGAGAAUUCACACUGGAGAGAAGCCUAACGGAUCCCCUCAGUGUGCAAAGAGUUUCAAUCAAGAUGAAAGCCUUAAAUUCCAAACGAGAAUUAAAACUGGAAAGAGUCCCUUCACCUGCCAACACUGUGGAAACAGUUUCACUCAUAAAGGAAGCCUUAACAGGCACUUGAGGAUUCACACUGGAGAGAAGCCUUACACAUGCCCUCAGUGUGGAAAGAGUUUCAGUCAACAUAAAAACCUUAAAGCCCACAUGAGUAUUCACCCUGGAGAAAAGCCUUUCACAUGCCCUCCGUGUGGAAAGACUUUUGAUCAAUAUAGAAACUUUAAAGUACACAUGAGAGUUCACACUGGAGAGAAGCAUUACACCUGCCAACAGUGUGGAAAAAGUUUCAACAGAAAAGGAAACCUUAAUUUCCACAUGAGAAUUCACACUGGAGAGAGCCUUUUCAUCUGCCAACAGUGUGGAAUAAGUUUCACUCAGAAAGGAAGCCUUAACAGGCACAUGAGAAUUCAUACCGGAGAAAAGCCUUAUAUAUGCCAUCAGUGUGGAAGAAGUUUCAACAGAAAAGGAAACCUUAAUUUCCACAUGAAAGUUCACACUGGAGAGAGCCCUUUCACCUGCCAACAGUGUGGAAAAGGUUUCACUCAGAAAGGAAGCCUUAACAGGCACAUGAGAAUUCACACCAGAGAAAAGCCUUACGGAUGCCAACAGUGUGGAGCGAGUUUUGCUCAUCAUGGAAGCCUUAAAGUCCACAUGAGAAUUCACACUGGAGAGAAGCCUUACACAUGCAUUCAUUGUGAAAAGAGUUUCGAACAACAUGGAAACCUUAAGGCCCACAUGAGAGUUCACACUGGAGAGAAGCCUUACAAAUGCCUUCAGUGUGGAAAGAGUUUCACUCAAAAAGGACAACUUGAAGUACACAAGAGGAAUCACUUGAGAGAGAACUUUUAAAUGUCAUUGGUGUGGAAUGAGUUUUGCAGGCAGAAACACCUUAGGAUUCAUGUUAUAACUGGGAAGGGAAGGAAAGCCUUUCAUGUGCAAUCACUGUAAAGACUUCCAGAUACAAAGCAUAUCUUGAGCACCGUCGUCUUGUGUUGAGCAGCUUAAUACCUGAAUCACAUCUUGCAACAUUGACACUGGUAUCUGAACUGAAUAAAAUCAACAAUGAACUGAA